AUGCAGGCCGGCCCCUCGAAGGACAUCCUCCGCUUCACAGGACACAGACACCUCCGCCAGCGCAUCCUCCUUGCCGUCCUCUCCGGCAAGUCCAUCCGCAUCGAUGCCAUCCGCUCAGACGACGUCCAUGUCGGCCUCAGAGACUAUGAAGUCAACCUCCUCCGCCUCGUAGAAAAGGUCACAAACGGGAGCACAGUCGAGAUAUCUCUGACAGGUACCUCAUUCCUCUUCCAUCCUGGAUUAUUACCUGGUGGCAGCUUUACGCACACCUGUCAUAUUGGCAGAUCGAUAGGUUACUAUCUCGAAGUACUCGUUCCCCUUGCGCCGUUCUGUAAGAAGCCCUUCAACAUCAACCUCUAUGGUGUCACUGGAGAAGAAGGCAAAGACAUGACUGUCGACAUGAUCCGAACAGUGACUCUCCCCCAUCUCCACCUCUUUGGCGUCACCGACGGCCUCGAACUGCAAAUCAAAAAGCGCGGUGCCGCCCCUCUUGGUGGUGGUCAAGUUAUAUUCAAGUGCCCCAUCGUCCGCCAACUCAACACCCUCCAAUUCCUCGACAAGGGCAAGAUCAAGAAGAUCCGCGGCGUCAGCUACUCUACCCGAGUCUCACCGCAGUUUGCGAAUAGGAUGGUCGAGUCUGCGAGGUCGAUAUUGAAUAGAUAUAUCCCCGAUGUGUACCUGUACACGGAUGUUUACAAGGGAGAAGACUCUGGAAAAUCACCGGGGUACGGCCUCACCCUCGUAACACAAUCCACUACCUCUGUCGUCCACUCUGCCGAAUGCCUCUCUCUCCCCAGUACCGUCACCACCCCCGAAGAUAUCGCCCUCCACGCCAGCCGCCUUUUAUUAGAAGAAAUCAGCCAAGGUGGAUGUGUGGAUAGCAAGCAUCAGUGGAUGGUUGCGCUUUUGAUGGCACUGGGCAAGGAGGAUGUGAGCAAAUGUCUGUUUGGCAGGCUGACGCCUUAUACGGUUCAAUUCUUCCGAGACAUGUUUGUCUUCUUUGGCACAAAGUACAAGUUGAACGAGGAAGAGAGCACAGGAGAAGUUAUGGUCAGCUGUAUUGGUACAGGGUACAGCAACGUCAACAAGACGAUGGCGUAG